AUGAAGAAAUGUGGACUUAACAGGUGCGAUAAAAGCCUGCGGAGGGUUUUGACUGAUGGAGCGGAUACCCCAUGGGAGCUGCCAUUGAAAAAGUGCUCAGUAGUCGGAAAUGGUGGGAUUUUGAAGGACAGUGGAUGUGGAAGGCAAAUAGAUGACGCUGAUUUUGUUAUGAGAUGCAACUUGCCACCUCUUUCCAAAGAAUACAGUAAAGAUGCUGGUACAAAAACAGACCUGGUGACUGCAAACCCUAGUAUUAUUGAGAAAAGGUUUAAUAGUCUUCACUGGUCAAGACUAGAAUUUCUGAAGAAUGUCAAAAUCUACAAACAAAGUUUAAUUUAUAUGCCAGCUUUUUCCAAAAAGCAUGGGACAGAACUUUCCUUGCGUGCCUACUAUACCCUGUCUGAUUUUAAUGCCACUCAAAAGGUUAUAUUUGCUAAUCCAGACUUUCUGUUACACACUGAAAGGUUUUGGAAGAACAAAGGAAUUAGUGCAAGGCGUCUUUCUACUGGUCUGUUCCUUGUCACUGCUGCUCUGGAUUUAUGUGAAGAAGUGACAAUUUAUGGAUUCUGGCCAUUUGGAGUGGACCUUCAUGGAAGACCUCUUAGCCAUCAUUAUUAUGACAAUACUUUACCCAUUUCUGGGGUUCAUGCCAUGCCAAAGGAAUUCCAGAAACUCUGGUUGCUUCAUAAAAUGGGAGUUUUAAGAAUGCAGUUAGGCAAGUGUGAAGAAGUCCAUCAUGACAAGAACUGAACAGUUAGUUUCUUUUUAUACCCUAGUGUUAUGAUUUAGCAUCCUGCAUGGGCAUUUAUGUGAAUGAGAAAGGACUAUGAAUGAAAACAAUAAAAUAUAAUAUUUAUUUAGAUUUUUUUUACAAUAACAGUUUACUGACUGUUCAGUAAAGAAUGUCAGAAUUCAUAGCCAUGGCCUACCUGUGGGGUCAUGUGCAAUUGAUAAGUGAGUUUACACAUCAUUAGAUCAGCAAAUCAGGGAGAUGUUUUCAUGCCAUGGCUUUUUUCUUAAGUGUGGUAUAUUUAUUUAUUUAAUAUAAGAUCAUUUUAACUGAACAUGAAACAAAAAGCAGUGAUGCCAAGCUUUUCAGGAUGCACCUUGUCUUACAAGUGAUUACCUCUUAAAAAGCGCAGCCACAUUUUUUGUGCCAAUACACUUUAAUUGUUAUAUUCUGCUUUCAUUAAGCUGUUAUUGCACAUUAAUUACAGAACAGGCAAACAGUUACUCUCUCACAGUGUUUACUAAACAGCUAAUUCCUCAUUAUCCAGUGCAGAUUGCAUGGUAUGAUCAUUGUGGACAGUUUACAGUCACUGAUGGUUUUGCACAUCUAGCAAACAUGUAACAUGGUGACAUAUAUUCUGAGUCUGUGGGAAGUGGCUUAAGGUACUAUUCGUAUAAUGCCAGGUACACUAAUAUAGUGUAAGUCACAUGUUAGAAGGAGAUUAUAUUACUGGUAUACUAAAAAUAAAUACAGUUUUGGGGAACAUUUUGCCUGUCUGGAUACAGAGUCAAACCAGGAGAAUAUAAUAUCCAGUUUGAAGCAACAUUGGAAGAGUCUGAGAAAUUAAUUAGAAACAUGAUGCUGGCCUGCAUUGGUUGCCAUUUGGUAAUAUAAUUAGAUAGAUUACAAUGUUACAUCCAUUAUACAAUGUAUUGUGUUGCAUUUGAAAAGUCGACCCUCCCUCGCAGUUCAAUUCCAGGUCUUCUUUUUUCAUUACAGUAUGUCUCCAGUAUGAACUAGUUACUAGAAACCAGAUUGUAGUUUAUAAAACUUGGAAUCAAAGAGCCCACACAUCUUGUUUUUAAGCUUAACUUCUUUCAUAAUUUGACAGAGGAAUUUGACUCAACCUGCAUGACAUACAGCAGACACAGGGAAAUCUGUACUUUUCAGAUACUGUACAAAAUCUUACUUAUGCAGUACACAGUCUUGCUGAAGUCAGUGUUUUAGUCUUAUGCUCAGCACAGAGCCUAACUACUAAUUUAUUAUGUCCAAUAUUUAUGGUUUCAGUAAAGUAUUAGUAUGCUACAAUGCAGCAAACCAAGGGGAGGCAAUUCAACAACAGAAAUGGGAAAAUGUAUAUCAUAAAAAGAUUUAUGUCUUAGGGGACAAAAUGAAAAAUCUUCUAACAGUUGCUCUUCUUCUUUCGGAUUUUCCCGGUUAGGGGUCACCACAGCGGAACUCUGGUCCGCUAAUGAUUGGCAGUAGA